GUAAGUACGCUCUAUCCCUGUGCGCGACUCACGCGGGCCAGAGAGCGACCUCCUCAUUUCGUUAGGUUUUUCCGUUGGGACUGUCAUUUCCUUAUUCAAAUGGACCAUAUUGGCCCCCCAGUUGAAACAACGCAACUUUUCUCUGGCCCGGCAGUGGGAGGUUGCAGUUGGUGCCGUGACGCUGUCUCGACGAGACGGCCCGGGGCGAAGCGGGAGACGAAGUUUUGAAUAGUUUGAGUCCUGGAAUUACACUUUACCAGUGAUCUAAGGCGAACUUCGGCAACCUGGGAGAAGGCCCCGGCAAGUGUUUGAAUUUGCAGCUGCAGUGUUCCGCUUUUCCACGCCAGAAGGUCUCUUGUCCCACCUGCGGUGACCCUGUAGUGACCUCAUACCCUAGUUCCGGGCUCUGCUGCAAAGCAGUUUAGUGUCUUUUUCGGCAUCUUCCAGCCUUCCUUUUGGAAAUCGUUAACGUGAAUCUCGACGUGUCUUUCCAUGGAGCAGGCAGUCAGGGUUCUGAAGGUGGCCAUUGCAGGCUGUACCGGUCGCAUGGGCGAACGGUUAGUUGCUUUGACUCGAGCUGAUCCUGCCUUACAUUUUGUUGGCGGCGUGCGGACACUAGCCGGGCGAGACACCAUGGUGACCUCGACAGCCGAACAGCAUCCAGGCGGUUCGAAGAAAGCAAACGGAGAAGCUGUAAGAACUGGUAUUAGCCAGGAGCCAGGGACACCAGGGAAGGACGACGCCCCUGGCGUAUAUACUUCACUGGACGAGCUCAUCGAUGAAAGUGGUCAUAAACCUUCGGUAGUCAUUGACUUCAGCAAUCCUGCAGGAACGAUGUCGCUUAUACCGUCAUGUAUUCGACACGGCGUCGCCUUAGUGAUUGGAACUACUGGAUUUACUCCAGCCGAGCUGGAGAAGGUGGAAUCAGCGGCGAGAGACAUUCCUCUCUGCAUUGCGGCCAACUUCUCUCUCGGUGUCAAUCUGCUCAUCCGGAUUGUAGGCGAGGUUGCAGCCAGUCUUGGGGAAGACUUUGACAUCGAACUCGUUGAGGCACAUCACAAUCGCAAGGUCGAUGCGCCCAGCGGGACAGCGGUAGCUCUGCUUGACUCCAUUGCUACCGCCACUGGACGGAGGACCUGCACCGGUAGCGACGAGGAAGAGACCACAUCAGAGACUCACCCAGAGAAGAUGGUGCUUGUUCAUGGGCGAGAGAGUCGCAAUGCCAAAAGAAGGCGGGGAGAAGUUGGUGUGCAUGCCCUCCGCAUGGGCAGUGUGGUUGGUGAGCACAGUGUGAUGUACGCCAGUGACUUUGAACGAAUCACACUCAGUCACCAUGCGGAAACGAGAGAUGUUUUCGCAUCCGGUGCCAUUCGCAUGGCCAAAUGGAUUGCUCAUCGACCAAAGGGCAAGUAUCAGGUGAGUGACAUGCUCUUCGAGAAGAGGAAAACCAGCAGAACCGAGGUGUAACCUUGUUUGUAACAGUGUGGCCAUGGGAACUGAGUGCUCUGCUGCAAAACGUCGGAGUUAUCAUACCUCUCUUCUUUUUCACAAAGGAACACCACGUGGGUCGUGACCGGCAAGCUGGAGCUGGCCAUGUCGCUCUGCGACGAGCAACUGUAUUUCCGAAGCACCACACACUAAGGAAGCAUGGAUAUAUGAAGUGGGUCGGAACAUGUUACUCUUUCUGGAAUUUUCUAUCUGCCUGGUGUUCCGGUAUACGGUUUUGAGUGUUACUUUAAUCGCAAUCGUCUCGCGUCUUCUGUCACGUUCCAGUUCACGAGAAAUCCUAGUUGCGGGAUGUUAUUUGCCGAUGUGUAGCGCGUUCGAAAUGGCAUCUACAUCAACCUGGCAUGUGCGCACAUCGCAUCGUCCUAUUUGAGAGAAACCCUGGAAUGCCAAAAUUGCAAGCAGUAGAUGCAUCCGCAUCUGCUGAUGCCGCUUCCAGGGUUUGAAGAAAUAUGCGGAGACAAUUACAGCCACUCGAGCGUGACUUCUGGAGGAUGAUCCACACUGUCUGCGUCAACGGUCUGGCUUCGUAGUCCACACAAAACGGAUACAUAUCAUCGUGCAUGGUGCAGUAUCGAAAACCCAAAGGGAAGUGGCGUCUUCUUUUCUCUUAUAGCAACAGAAAACAAUGUAGGAGCUCCUUAAGGCUAUGUUCCACACAUACUGACGUGUUCUGCGUUAGAUGCUACACAUUUGACGGAG